AUCACUAGCUAGUUCAUUGGUGACUACUAUCAUCUUCAAUUCUCCAUCCAUAUCUUCACUCUAUAUAUUGUUAUUUAUUUUAACUAUAAUUCUCCAAAACAUGAAGCCCACGGCAACAUUCCUCUCGUUCCUAACCCCAACGCUCCUUGGUCUUCUUGGAGCAACAUUCCAAAGCACCCUCUCUUGUUACUCUUGUUCACUCUUCACUCUCUUUAUCUCCACGUUCCUCACCCUCCUCGCUAUUUCCCUAAACUACUGGCUUGUCCCUGGAGGCUUUGCAUGGAGAAACUAUAAACAAAACACAAAACUCACUGGUCAUAUGGGGUGGCCCAUACUAGGGACUUUGCCUCAUAUGGGUUCUCUUGCUCACGCAAAACUCGCUACUAUAGCCACUUCGUUAAAGGCAAAAAGGUUAAUGGCACUGAGUCUAGGUGCCACACCCGUUGUUAUUAGUAGUCACCCUGAGACUGCUAGAGAAAUUCUAUUUGGUUCAUCGUUCUCUGAUCGUCCAAUCAAAGAAUCAGCACGCAUGCUCAUGUUUGAGCGUGCCAUUGGUUUCGCUCCUUCUGGAACCUAUUGGCGCCAUCUACGUAGGAUCGCAGCGUUCCACAUGUUUUCUCCUAGGAGGAUUCUAGGCUUUGAGAGUCUACGGCAACGUGUGGUUGAUGAAAUGGUGAUGAGAACAUGGAAGCAGAUGGAGGAGAAAGGGGUGGUGGAAGUUCGAGGUGUGUUUCAGGAAGGGUCUCUUAGCAAUAUUUUGGAGUGUGUUUUUGGUACUAAUUAUGGGUCUUUGAGUUAUGAAAAUGAGGAGUUAGGAAAUAUGGUUAAGGAAGGGUAUGAGUUGAUUGCAAAGUUUAACUUGGAGGAUUAUUUUCCUUUGAAGUUUUUGGACUUUCAUGGGGUGAAGAGAAGGUGUCAUAAGUUGGCGGCCAAGGUGACUAGUGUGGUGGGUCAAAUUGUUGAAGAACGAAGAAAUAGAGCAGAAGAUUUCGUUGGGGAGAAUGAUUUUCUUAGCACUUUGUUAUCCUUGCCCAAAGAGGAAAGGUUGGGUGAUUCAGAUAUGAUUGCUGUUUUGUGGGAAAUGAUAUUUCGAGGAACAGACACGGUUGCUAUACUACUAGAAUGGAUCAUGGCCAGGAUGGUUUUACACCAAGACAUACAAAUGAAAGCCCGUCAAGAGAUUGACACGUGCAUAGGCCAAAACAGUCACGUGCGAGAUUCAGAUAUUCCAAAUCUUCCUUACCUGCAGGCCAUAGUAAAGGAGGUUCUCCGACUGCACCCACCGGGCCCAUUACUAUCAUGGGCCCGCCUAGCAAUCCAUGAUGUCCACGUCGACAAGGUUCUUGUGCCAGCUGGCACAACAGCAAUGGUUAACAUGUGGGCCAUAUCCCAUGACUCGACUAUAUGGGAGGACCCAUGGGCUUUCAAGCCCGAGCGGUUCCUUAAAGAGGACGUAUCCAUCAUGGGAUCGGACUUGAGACUUGCCCCAUUUGGCGCAGGACGUAGGGCAUGCCCGGGUAGGGCCUUGGGCUUAGCCACAGUUCAUCUCUGGCUCGCACAACUUCUCCACCAAUUCAUAUGGCUUCCAGCGCAACCUGUUGAUCUUUCAGAAUGUCUUAGGCUUUCUCUCGAAAUGAAGAAACCUCUUCGAUGUCUAGUGGUUCACAGAUAAAACAUCAUAAGCCCUUGACGUCAACUAUGUGAAACGUGCAAUUAAGAAUAUUGAUGUGUCUAACGGCCUCAAUAUUUAUGAUGGAGUGUGACGGUUAUAUCCUUUUUUAUAAGUUUGGUAUUCCCUUAAAAGAGUACGAGUGAAAUAUUUAGAGAUGAGUUUUUCCUACUAUUAUGAAACUUAUCUAUUUCAUUCUGUUUUUUUAAGGUUGUCAAAUUAACCUUUAGUGUUGAAAUAAAUAUCUAGUACAAGUUGACUAGAACUGAAUGUAAGAAGAGAGUGAACUAAGAAGAUAUAAAUAUGUCUCUUUAGAAUUGUAAAACGUAAAUUAUUGUAAUGUAAUGAAGUUGCUUUGAUAUGCAUUUUCU